CGAUAAAACGGUUUAUUUGUUUUGACAUUUAACAGCUGUUUUUUGAGUACUUUUUUUAAACAACUGUUAAUUAGGAUUUUUGUUGUGCUGGGCCGCAUUGGAUUUUAUAAAUUUUUGCUUAAAAUUUAUUAAUUCUUCAACAAAAAGUUCAUCAUGCCUAUCACACCCUUUAUUCGUUCACCUUUCACUGAUUUGACCGGUAGUUUGAUCAAUCAUCAAACUUAUGACAAAUGCGGUGAAUUGGAAAUGAACAUGAUGGACUGUUUGGAAGCCUAUGGUGCUGAAAAAGGCAAAAAGAUGUGCAAAGAUUUAGUAGAUGAUUUCAAUGAGUGUUUUACCAUGCACAAGCAAAUGUUGCGUUUCCAGGCCAUGCGUAGCGAACGCAUGAAACAAUACUGGUCCGGCGAUCGUAAGAAGGAAGAACUUUUUGCUGAACCUCCAAGAGUUGAUGCUUAUUAGUUUGGGUUUUUGUAAUAUGUUUCUUUAAAAAAUCUGCUUAGAAGAAUUAAAAUAAGUAAUGAAUUGAUUAAUAAGAAAAACUAAAUUAAUUUAAUUGAAGGAA